AUGUUACCUUUGUCCCUUCUGAAUGCAGCACAAAAUAAACCCAUGUUAGUUGAGUUGAAGAACGGAGAGACGUUCAACGGGCAUCUCGUCAACUGCGACAACUUCAUGAACAUCACACUGAGAGAGGUGUACCAGACGAGCGCGGAUGGCGACAAGUUCUGGAAGCUGAAGGAGUGCUACAUCCGGGGCAGCACAAUCAAGUACCUGCGGGUGCCGGACACGCUGUUGGACGCAGUGAAGGAAGAGCAGACCCGGGCAAGGGAGGCAGGCAGGAGUGCACGCGGAGCGCACGUCAGCGGCGCGGGCAACCGAGGUCGUGGAAUGCCGCAAAGAGGCCGGGGUGCAAUGCGCGGAGGGCCAAUACGCGGAGGUAGGGGCCGGGGUAGAGGCAUGUAA